GAAGUGAUCAAUUUUGCUGGAACGUAUUGCAUAAUAUUGUUGACUGUUGCAGAGACCUCUAACCUAUUCUUGGUUAAGACGUUGAACGUUUCGGGCGUUGAUGUUAAUUGCAGCUUAGAAGAGCUAGAGAAAGCUGGAUCGGAUGCAUUGGAAAAUUCGUUAGAGUCGAAGGAAACGGAAUCGGUAACGGAAUUAUCGACUAUUGGUACGCAGACCCCCCUAACGUUGGUUAAGCUAACUGUAACGCAGCCGCCGUUGCAUAGACAAGUUACCGACUCGACAUCUCCGAUGCGAUUUAGUUAUGAAACAAGUCGCAAUUUUCAAGACUCCCACGAAAAUGUGAAAUCUUUUGUGCGCAAACUUUUGCAGAGCAAGAUCACGCUUAGCCACGAAGCUGCGACACAAGCAACGCCUACACAUCCGUCGUUGAUACCUAAAACAUCGCAAGACACUUUACAAAUGUCUGCGUCGCUUUCCUUGUCGAUAUCUGGUCAGAGAAAUGAAGUUUUAGCUGUGACGGAUUACGGGACACCGUCGCUCGAUGAACGUAGUUUAUUGGUGGAUGGCGUCACCGAAUCUGACAACGAGGACUCGCAAAAUUCGCAUGUGCGUUCGGGCACAUUAGAUCCGACGUCGUCGAGCAAUAGAGAAGCGACAAGUAGCAUGCUGUCGUCGCUUGAAACUAGCAACCAGCAGUGGAGUCUGUCUAGCUUCUUGCAAUGCGUGCCGAUCGUCAACGAUGAACCAAGCACGCGUGCUCUCGCGAGAGAUGCACCGCCAACGUAUUCGUCGAUAUUUGCACGACGUCCACCAAUGCGUAAUUGGGGUCCAUUUCGAUCGGCAAAUCGGUCGUCCUUUGUCGCUCCGAUACCACCCCCUAGUUACGCCCAAGCACAAGAAAAUUACAUGGCGUCUUUCUCUAUGGGUCAGCUGCUCUCUUCAUCCAACUCGAAUCGACUAUGGGCGCCAAUACCUAUGACCACUGUAUGUCAUCGGUGCACCUCGAUCGUCGUUACAGCUGUAGAAGUUCGUCGAUCCGUAAUCACUCACAUUACCGCCUUUGCGCUCUUUUUAUGCGGAUGUUGGCCGUGUUGCAUGUUGCCAUACUGCUUGAAUUCAUGCAACGACAUAGAUCAUUAUUGUCCUGUGUGUAACGCGCAUCUUGGAACCUACAGACCGUGCUGACAAACGUUUAGAAAAGCAUUUAGAAAGUGCGCUUUCUUCGUUAUCAUCCUAUGCAUCUAACGGGUUUCACAGUCAAGAAAAUAUUCUGUCACCCAUUGUACUAAUAAAGAUGGAAAGAGAGAA